ACUAAAGACUUUUUUCAGGUUUCCUUCUCCUCUGAUAGUGUCAGCAUCAACAGCAGAAGGAAGAAGUCAGGACUGUGGAGCUCCAUUACCAAGAUGAUCCCUCACAUGGCUCUGUGCAAGUUCUUUCCUCUGGUUCUCGUCGGGGUUGUGGUGUUUGCUGUGAGUGGGAUUUUUGGAGACCCUCUGUACGAGUGCCUCCAAGACACCGACUACAGUGAGCUCCUCGACAUUGUGGAUAGAGGACUUCCUGCCGCUAAGACACCGCGCCAUGUAGCAAUCAUUGGCGGGGGCAUCGCUGGACUGACUGCUGCAAAGUUUUUAGAAGACGCUGGACAUAAGGUGACCAUAAUAGAAGCCAGUAACCGUAUUGGGGGACGUGUGGAGACCUUCAGGAACAUUAAAGAAGGCUGGUAUGCAGAAAUGGGCGCCAUGAGGAUCCCCAGCUUUCAUAAAAUUCUGCUUUCCUUUGCCUCCAAAUUACAAAUUCCCCUGAACCCAUUCAUCCAAGACGACAUCAACACCUACUUUUUGGUGAAUGGAUUGCUACAUAAAACCUAUACUGUGGAAAACAACCCUGCUGUGCUCAACUACAGCCUGAACCAAAGGGAGAGGGGGAAGUCAGCUGCUCAGCUCUUCAGUGAGGCGCUCUGGAAGGUGAGGGAUGACGUCAAGGCGAUCGGCUGCAGUGCCAUGUUGGAUAAAUAUGAUUCCUACACAGUGAAGGAAUAUCUGGUGAAGGAGGGCAACCUGAGCCGAGGUGCCUUGAGGAUGAUCGGGGACAUCCUGAAUGAAAACAGCCUCUUCUACACGUCACUGAUAGAGAUGCUGUACAUACAGGCGGACAUCAGCGACAGUGUUGAGUACUUUGAAGUGACAGAUGGUUUUGACCACCUCCCGAAGGCUUUCUUUCAGAUGUUAAACGCCACGAUCCUCCUUAACUCCAAGGUCAAGCUCAUCAACCAAACAGGUGGCAGCAAUGUGACGGUAACGUACCAGGACUGGCGUAAUGCAGGCUCCCUGACCAACCUAACAGUGGACUAUGCCCUGGUUACAGCCUCAGCCAAGGCCACUGUCUUCAUUGACUUCCAGCCCCCUCUCUCCGGGGACAAGAUGGAGGCCCUGCGCUCAGUUCAUUACGCCAGCUCCACCAAGGUGGUGCUCAGCUUCAGGGAGCGGUUCUGGGAGAAAGAGGGCAUCAGAGGAGGGAAGAGCAUCACAGACAGGCCCGCUCGCUUCAUCUACUACCCCAGCCACAGCUUCCGCGGUACAGCUGCAGGGGCCCUCCUGGCGUCCUACACCUGCUCUGAUGACUCCACCCUCUUCCAAGGGCUGAGCGAGGUGGAGCUGAUGGCCGUGGUCCUGGAGGACUUGGUGAAGAUCCACGGAGAGCACAUCAGGCCUCUGUGCACAGGGGGGCUGGUGAAGAAGUGGGGCUUGGAUCCUUACAGUCUGGGAGCCUUCGCCCUGUUCACGCCCUACCAGCAGGGACACUACGCCAGAGAACUGUUCCAGAGGGAGGGACGGGUGCACUUUGCAGGAGAACACACAGCAAUGCCACAUGGGUGGAUUGAGACUGCCAUGAAGUCUGCACUCAGGGCAGCUAAAAAUAUUAACAGCCUUACAGUUUAGUUUCAUGUGUAGCAAAUAUUUUGCUUUCAUAUGUUCCUUUGUCAUCAAUGAUUGUCUAACACAUUGGUUUUAUCUUAUAAAUACUGGUGUAUCAUUAACCCCCCUUUAUAGCCCAUUUUAGGGCCGACAUCACACUGAUGUCAGUUUGUUAGCUGGAGGUGCAGCUGCCUCUCCCCCACAGGGCUGUAGGCUACACAGGAGUCUUAAAAUGUGUUUGUCUUGUUGUGUUAUUGGGAGCCAGAAUAGAAGGAGUCAUGGCUCAAAACCAGCCGCCACUGCCCGUCAACAAAAACAAAGACGGUUAAAUGUGAUAAGACCAAAGGACUGGACGGAGGCCAUCAUCAAAAAUGCUCACAUGUGCAGCGCACACUUCAUAUCAGGUUAGGGAGAAAGUAUUUCCUGUUGUAGGGAUGAAUAACGUGAUGUGUAUGAAGGGUUAUCAUGUCCACCUCAUCAGAAACUGGGGAGGGAUUAAGAGGAAAAAAUCAGCAUUAGCUAACAUUAGCUUCAGUAGCAAAACAAAAUGGAGCCAUUCAAGUGUCGUCCUCCUUUGUAAGACUGGCUUCCUGUGACAUCAUCCAUCCACUGAGUGAGAGCAUACGGGUCGGCCAGUCUGGUCCCGUUGGUCAGUGUUUACUUAUUCAAGUAACACUGGCGGUCCCGGAGAGUGAGUGACCUGACAUGGUGCGUUGGUAAAUUCAGUCUGACGCUCUACACUAAAAUGAGAGCCCUGUUGGUGGAAGAAACAUUAUAGUUCUAUAUGGUUGAACGAACGAUUAAGUUAGUCGCACAUUCACUCUGCUCGGCACUUUGAUGCUCCGUACAAUCCGACAGCGCUCUGAUGUUUUUUGUGUUAUGUGUAUUUUAGGUCUAUCUGUUGACCAGCACAACAAGGCUUGUCUAUCGGCAGCCCAUAAACUGACUUCCUGAAGAGAAACUGAGAUUAGCAGAAAUAUGACUUAAUAAUAAUGAUUUGCAGGACUUUACUAUUACAUGGUGUUUAUGAUGUUUCAGGGAAUUUUCCAUGACCUUCUGCUGUAACAGAACACAGGAUAUUUAAACUCUGAAUUAGAGCUGCAAUUAACAGUUAUUUUCAACACUGAUAAAUCUGCUGAGUGCAAUU